AUGGUCCUUGUGGAUUUGGAUGAGUUAACCAACACAAACGUGCCAGAAAGUAUUCGUUUACGUCAAAAAUUGGGUAAACAAAUUCCUGAGGAGGGUGUAAACGAAUCUAAAAUGUUAGACGAAUUAAGAGAAAUUGCAUCAUUAAAUAAUCCUUACAAAACUUUUAUUGGUAUGGGAUUUUAUGGUAUGUAUUAUUUAAUAUAUUCAUUUAUCAAAAAUUUAUUGAAAAAUAAUUUUAAAGAUUGUAUUGUACCUUCAGUAAUUGUUAAAAAUAUGUUACAAAAUGCUGGAUGGACUUCCCCAUAUACUCCUUACCAACCAGAAAUAGCACAGGGACGCUUAGAAAGUCUUUUAAACUUCCAGACUAUGAUAUCUGAUUUAACUGGUUUACCCUUUGCAAAUGCUUCAUUGUUAGAUGAAAGUACUGCUUGUGCCGAGGCUAUUGCCUUAGCUGUUCGUGUAACUAAAAAAAGAAGUUUGUUUUUAGUUUAA